AAUUUCACCGACAUUUAGUUUAGUACCGUUUUUGGCUGCAGUCGCACUACGGACAGUUUAUUCUAAUUGUGUGCUACCAUCCCAUACAAAUACAUCCAAGCAUACAAAUAUUAUUGCUAAAGUUAACGAUAUUAACUACACAUAUUAAAUGCUAUUAUACACGGGCCGAGCAAAGCCAUUUUAAAAGCAGUUUAAUACUGGCCUCCAUCUACACACAAAACACAUCAAAAAUAAAAAAAUUCAAUUAUAUCAAUUGAAAUCGUAAUCAAGUCCAAAAUCACACAGCAAAAGGAAAAAUCAAAUAUAAAAAAAAAACUAAAUUAUAUGAUUAUCAACAGCAACGUUUGAAAUCCACAAAUAUAAUAUAAUUAUAAACUAUUUUCUAUGAAAAUCGAGUGUUUCGUUUCCGAAUCGGGAAGAAAAAAGUUAAUAAUUCAAUUAAUGUUAACGCCAAAUAUAAUCCGACAAGAAAAAGCGCAUGCAACAAGUUAAAUUCCAGCCGACAUUUGUAAACCAAGUUAGAUCCGUACACAGAUACACCCUAACAUACACACACACAUAUACACAAAUGAAUGCCCGGUAAACGCAUACAAACGUAAAAAUCACACACACAAAAACACACACACACGUAGACUAUAACAAUGUCAAGUGAAAACAUUCUCUGGAAGCAACAGGUUUCCCCUUAAUAAGUGUUAUAAAGAAGCAACCCAACAGUCAUCACCCAGAACUGUUCGUUUUGAAAGAAAGAAAGAAAAAAAAAACACCACACACAAAAAAUUCAAGAGAGAGGUAUAGAAAGAGAGUCCGAGGUAUAAAGAAGAUAUAAAAAAAAAGAAAGAGCAAAAGAAAGAGUCAGAGUAAAAAUCAUAAAGAAAAUAAUAGUAUAAUACUAUACACUUAAACAAAAAGACAGUUUCUAAGUGGGUUAAACUAGAGAAAAACAAAAACAACAACAACAACAAAUUAGUGUGACUGCAACCGAGUGGAACCGAAUCAAACCAAAACUAACUAACUAAAAUCCCAAACCAACCCCAAAACCGAACCGCAAGAUCAACUAAGAGAGUUCUUUGGAGCGCAGCAACCUCAAAGAACCAUGGAAUUCUACGAUGGCGACCUCAAAGAUAUAUGGGACUCCGACUUAGAUCCGGAAUCCUUGAAAAUUAGCCCCGAUCACGAUAUGCACGACUGGCUGUUCGAUCGGGACGUCAAAGAUCCCACCGUCAUACUCAACGACAAGCUCAUCUCGGAUGCCCUGCUCAAUGGCACACAGCCGAUCAAGACGGAGCACUCCUACAGCCUCAGCAGCGACGUUGACUCCCUGCCCGAUUCACCAAAAAGCCUCCAGGCCAAGAUCGAGGACAUGGACGACGAGUGCUAUCCCGCCAUUUCACCGAAGACGGCGACUAGUGGGCGCGGACUCAUUGACCGCCUUAGUUUCCACGUCCCGCCCACGCAUGCCACGCCCAUUAGCCGGCUGAGCAGCAAUCCCGCCCUAAACACCUCCGUCGCGGAACUGACGCGAUCCAAUGGCCUGCACCAUCAACAGUCACACCAUGGAUCCGGUUCAAGCCACGUGGUUGUGGCCAAUUUGGAGCACUUUCAACUACCUCAACACCUGUACGACAACGACUGCAGCUCGUCGGUGUCAUCGUUGCGGGAAGGCAGCAUGUCCCCGGACAUUUGCUCUGACAUCGAGAUCGACGAGUCGGCCAUCAAAGAUGAGCCCAUGUCGCCGGACUCUAGCUGCCCCGCCAGUCCCACAUCCCAAGCGAGCAGCUCACAGCACCAGCUCAGCCUUACUCUGGCCCACCUGCAAUCGGAUUUGUUAUUCGAACCGAAGCACGGUGGCCUUCUGCUGACCUCCAAUAACAAUAGCCUCAUCAAGUCCCAGCAGAGACAACAGCAGAUCCUUGGACAAGACAAUCUGCUGAUGGCCAAAAUGGAGAUCAAGAGCGAGAAACAGAACACGGCCAGCAAUAGCUCGGGCAAAUCGCAUGCCCAUGGCUAUGGAAUACCGCUAACGCCACCAUCCUCCCUGCCCAGCGACGAUUCCGAAGGUAACUUGACACCGGAACACUUGUUUUCGCCCCUGUCGCCCAACGCUUCCGUUUCUAUCUCCGUGGCCAAUCCAGCCGGUGGCGAGUCAUCCGUACGGGUUAGUCGCGCUUCUGCCGGCAUCACGCGCUCGUCAUCCGGAUCAGCAUCUGGCUCCGGUUCCAGUUCCAGCACAACAGCCGCUACCACGACACGGCAACCGAUCCAUACGCCGUUGAUUAGCUCGCAGCCGAAGGGAUCCACUGGAACGCUGCUGCUGACGGAGGAAGAGAAACGCACUUUGCUGGCCGAAGGCUAUCCGAUACCGCAGAAGCUUCCCCUAACCAAAGCCGAAGAGAAAUCGCUCAAGAAGAUUCGACGCAAAAUCAAGAAUAAAAUCUCUGCUCAGGAAAGCCGCCGCAAGAAGAAAGAGUACAUGGACCAGCUGGAGAGGCGUGUCGAGAUUCUGGUCACAGAGAACCAUGACUACAAGAAACGCCUCGAGGGUCUGGAGGAGUCCAAUGCCAAUCUACUUAGUCAGCUGCACAAACUGCAGGCCGUAGUUAGCAAGCACAAUGUGAAAAAGUCCUAAAGUUUCUGAUUACAAAAAUCCCCGCAAAUGCUGCAGGGGAUUUCCCGUAAUCGGUACUUGUUUCUUGUUUGCCCGCCUUCCCGAGUUAUAUUUGUAGAUCUAUAUAUCUAUAUAAUGUGUGUAUGUCUUCAGUUUUUUGUUUCGAUUGAAUAAGUCUGGGAGUUUUAUUUUCAAGAAUUUAUUUCGAUGAGGAAAUUUUGAUGAAUUUUUUUAUUCGGCUUUUGUUUAGCACAAAGCGUUAAACAUUCCCCUCCCCCCAAACUCCUUCUGCACCCCCACAAUAUAUAUAUAUAUAUAUAUAUAUAUAAUGAUAUAUAUAAAACUAUUCCACAAGGCACACAGAUGCCUUGAUGCCCAUAACUAAUACCGUAUAAUUUAAUGUGUAUGUAAUCCUAGCUACUUGUAGGACCUAUAUUAUAUAGCUAUAUGUAUAUUAGUCAUGCAUUCCUGUUAUAUAAACUUGAUCUAGAGCUUAGGCCUUAUGACCAGCUGCAGCAACGACCACAAUUACAAUUACAAUUACAAAAUCGAGAAGCUCAAAAAAACAGAAGCCAAUCCAGAAAGCCUCUACAGAGAAGCUAUAUAUAUAUAUAUAUUGUAAUGAAACGAAAUCAACAGACCAAAAACAAAAACAUAAAAAAACAGCAAAGUUAUGAAAAGUUUAACAACAACACCACAACAACAACCAACAAAAAAAAAACGAAAAUUUUAAAAUAAAAUGAAGUUCGCACUCUAAUCAAAUAUCAAAUCCAGAUCGGAAAUGAUCUAAGAGCAGCGACAUGUACAUUAUGUUUUAAUAAUGAUUGAAUGAAUAACCGAAAGACUCCCGGAGCCCAAUCUCUGUGCUGUCUUUGGCAUGACUCUUGUUCCUUUAAACGAUAUUUCUCAAGCAAAACAAAAAAAAAAUCAAAACGAAAACGAAAGCUGACGACUAUAUAUAUAUAUAUAUAUAUAUAUAUAUUAAAAAAAAUACCUAAACAAUUCCAUAAUUUAGCUAUAUGUAGAAAGAAGGAUUAUGUAACGAACUAUGUCUAUACAUACAGCAUUUAAGUUUCUCUUCAUCAUCUGUUUUUGCCAGCAGCUGAAAAGUUUUGGAGUUUCAAUUUAUGAAAAAUAUAUACGAAUACGAAUUUAUCAAAUGGAUAUAUCAUAGAUCCAUAUAGAACAUUUCGGUUCCGUUCUCCAACUAUCGCGUUGCCUGGGCGAUUUAAACAAUUUCCGAGCCAAUUUAAAAAAAAAAAAUUAAUUAUUGUUUGUUAAGUUUUAUAUUAUAAGACGGCGCUGAGAGAGAGAGAGAGAGAGAGAGAGAGAGAGAGAGAGCAUACACCCAAUUCAAAAACAUAUUUUGCAGCAAAUAUUUUUUGUUUUUUAUGUUUACAAAUUUGAGUUUUACGUUUUAGUGCAAUUUUUUGGCAUAAAUAUUUAUACGAAACUUAUAUAUUUUUUGUAUUCUUUCCGCAGCGUUCUGAAUGAGUCAUUCUAGUUUAAAUUAGUUGAAUUUUAUAAAAACACAAAAGAAGAUAAACAAAAUUACUUAAAGAAAAUGUUAAGCUUAAACCCGGAUAUUAUUUCUUAUCAAAACGAUAAAAUCUAUAUAAAAUAAUUUAGCUAUUUUUAUGUAUGUCUGUUCAUCUGUGUAUAAAUCAAUCGGACGAAGUUGUGCAAUUGUUAGUAAAAUUUUAAAUGAAAGAUAUUUAGUAAAAAUACGAAAAUUAUAAAUCGAAGUUGAGAAACAAAACGCUCGUGCAAUGACAAACAAUUUUUAUUCAAAUGCGUUAAAAACAUAGAAAUUGAAAACAACAACAACAACAUGAAAAAAAAAAUACAUUAUGAUAUAUUUAUAUAUUAAAAUAUGAAUAAUGUACGACGAUAUACUAUUUUUUGGCUAUAGCAUUUUUAACGCAUAUAUUGUAUGUUUAACGUUGAAAAGGAAAAAAAAAAAACAUGAAAAUAAAUCAAAAAAAAUUGUAAAAUUUUUACGAUUGGUUGCUGUAAUUUGGCAAAAGUAAAAGUGCAAUUCCAAAUAAAAUUCAAACAACCAUAACAACA